AAAACACAUGUUCUCUCAGCUACCGUAAAGUUACAAAUAAAAUUUAAUUAGAAGAAGCAUAUAACAACUCAACAGUUUUAAAAUUUCUUUGUCCUCUGUUACCAUAGUUACUGGAUUAAUAAACAAUACUCAAAACUUGAUUUAAUUAUAACUAGUAAGAUGCUUAAUAUUUUCUCUAAUAUAUAUUUUUAGCUCUGAAGCAUUUCCAGUUUAAACAAUCAGAAUGCUCUUAGACUUCAUAUACAUCUCCAAGAAAAGCGAGUUUUGUAUCACAUAACCAUUUAAAAACCAAUUAUGAGACAUAUUUCACAGAAUGUCUUAUUCACUCCAAGCUUUGGCAGUCAUAUUUUUUCUUACAUGGACAGAAUCAAACAUACUAAAACCACGAUUUUUGAGUGCAGAACUACCAGGGUCGUGUGGAACGCAACCAUGUGUUCAUGGAGUUUGUAUCGAAACACCUUCAGGUGGACACCAAUGCUUUUGUCAAAAUGGCUUCACAGGCUUAAACUGCCAGACCAAUUACAAUGAUUGCAGAAGUGAUCCCUGCUUAAAUGAUGGCUUUUGUGUAGAUGGCAUUGAUGAAUUUUCUUGCAUUUGCAAUCAAGGCUAUACUGGUUUAACUUGUGAAACAGACAUUAAUGAAUGCCUGUCUGAUCCAUGCAUGAAUGAUGGAAUUUGUGAAGAUUUAGUUAAUGAUUAUGUCUGUCAUUGUCCAUUGGGAUUUACAGGAAUUAACUGUGAGAAUUAUUUCAAUCUAUGUGAUACAGAAAAAGAUCUUUGUAAAAAUGGUGGCUCUUGUAUUUUGGGACCAAGUAAUUCCACUACCUGUAGCUGCCUACCCAAUUUCUUUGGUGAAAAUUGUGAACUUCCUGCCUGCCCUUGUGAAAGAGGUGGCAUAUGUAUUGGAGAACAAGAAUUUAGUUGCCUUUGUCCAUUUGGAUGGACUGGAAAGACAUGUGAAACUGAAAUAGACAUCUGCGAACGAAGCAUUUGUAAUGGAGGAUUAUGUGUUUUAGGCACAAAUGAGGAAUCUAACAUUCAGAAAAAUAUUACUUGCUAUUGUGUACCUGAUUACCAUGGAAAAUUUUGUGAGUUGAGAUACAAUGAAUGUAUUCCAGAACCAUCUUGUGAGAAUGGAGCUACAUGCAUUGAUGAUGUUGAUGGAUAUUCAUGUAUUUGCCCUGCUGGAUAUUUAGGAUCAACAUGCAAUGAAACAUUCACAUGCUCUGGAGAAGAAUGUCCACACUAUUUACCUUUCACAGAUGCCGCUACUUCUCAUUGGCUACAUAAUGUGCAGACAACAUCUAUAAGCCCUUCUACUGCCAUGGACUACAGCCUUAAUUUGCAUUACAAUGAUAACUUUUCCAAAUCUGGAGUCCACCUGUAUCCAUCUGAACAGUCAUCAGCUUUCAAAACUUUACACACUCAUAAUGAUGCCUUAAAACAAACCCUUUUUUUACUGAGCCUUGAACAAAAAUUUAAAUCAGAAAACUAUUCGUAUGAGGACUUUAAUUUUAGCCAAACUCCAUUUUCAGUUGUGCAAACAGAAAACAGAAUGAACAUAACAGCUGUGGCACUUGUCUAUUCCACCCCAUUGCCUUACUCAACUUUGGAGUUCCAGAAUGAUGUUGCAAACGUAACUGAUUUUCUAGCAACUCCUUCUCUCUCUGAGACAAAACAAAGCAUAGACAGUUCUAAAGUUAAUGUACAGUCAUUACUCUUCAAAACAGAAGUAUCUGGGAAUGCUGUUUUUGAAAGGUCAACUCACGUGCCAAACUCAACUUUAGGUCUUGAGAGUAUUUAUAUCUCAAAGCCAAUUCACACUCUUCCUGUCUAUUCUUCUGAUAAUGGAGUUGGCCGAAGUCUUCCUGAAUUAUGUGAUGAUUUACACUGCCAAAAUGGAGGAACUCCUGACAUGUUUGACAAUAUGGAUCUGCAUAAUGCGAAAUGCAAAUGCCUGUGCCCACUGCUUUAUGCUGGAGUGCAUUGUGAAAGAGAAACAUAUUUGCUCAUUCCUCAGUUUCACAGACCAUCCUUCCUCAAACAUGCUCUCCCACUAAUUGAACCUGAAAAAGGCUUAGAUAUUGAUAUAAGCUUCAAAACUUCUUCACCUGAAGGUACAAUCUUAUUUACCGAAGCAGCUAGUAGUGGUUCAUUCCUCUUCCUCUACAUUGAACAUGGUUUGCUCAAAUUUCGAUUCUCGUGUGGGCAUCAAACUACUAUUUUUAUGGAGACUCAUGCUGCUGUCAAUAACAGUUUUUUCACUUCUGUAUCUAUAUCAACAUCUUGGACUCCAGAUAUUGCACAUUUGAGAAAUGCAUCAUGUAAUGUGGGCUUGCUUGUAAAUGGUACUGCUCCGAUGGGGGGUCAGCAGUUUGUUCUUCUCCCAAGAUUUGAUUUUCACCACAUAUAUAUUGGAGGUGUGCCGCCUUCUUUGAAAAGCUCACUCAGAGAUGUUCAUAGAAUACCAUCAUUAGAAGGCUGUGUUAUAUUUUUGCAAAUUAAUGGUGAAGAAAAAGAGAUAGUUCAAGAUGCUGAAAUUGGUGUAGGAAUUACUGAGUGUUACAGUAGUGCCUGUUUCAAAAAUCCUUGUCUUAAUGGAGCAACUUGCAGAAGCUAUGAGGAUCAUUGGAAUUGUGAAUGUUUAGAUGGGUUUGCUGGUCCUUUUUGUGAACACAAAACUUGCUUUGCAAAUCCUUGUGAACACGGUAGUACCUGCUUGCCAAGCUUUGAUUCAGGUUACUUGUGUGUUUGUCCGUAUGGAAAGCAUGGGAAAAACUGUGAACAAGAUUUAGUUAUAAUCCGUCCUUCAUUUUAUGGUGACAUAAUGGGAUACUCUUCCUACAUACAGUACCAGUUAUUUUCUGACUAUCAUUAUCACUUGGAAAUUCGGAUAAUGUUUACUGUGAAAAACAUACUUCAAAACUCUCUUUUGCUGUUCAAUGGUCAAUUAGAUAACUUUCAUCUUGCCAACGAUUUUCUAUCAAUAGGCCUUCUUUCCGGAUAUGUAAUUUAUACAUUCAACUUAGGAGCUGGUACCCGGGUAUUAAGAAGUGUUUCUCCUCUGAAUCAAAAUGUGACUAUUCAUUCAGUAUUAAUAGGAAGACACCGUCGUUACUGUUGGCUGGAGGUUGAUUCACAAGUAAAGGUUGUUGGACUAGCAUCUGGGCAGUUAACAGCGUUAAAUACACCUGCUGUUCUUUACAUUGGUGGGCAUUCUAGCUAUAAUUUCAGUUUGCUACCUGAAGAAUUAAAAGAGCUUAGAGGAUUUGAAGGCUGUGUUUUUAGUGUGGAACUAAGAAAUAGCCCCAAUGCUGUAUUUAGAACUUUACAACCUAUCAUUGAUGGCCGCAAUAUACAACAGUGCAAUACUACUGAGUGUGAUUUAGUUCAAUGUGCAAAUGGUGGUACAUGUAUUGAUGUAGGAUCUACUUUUCAAUGUCAGUGUGUAGAAGGUUGGGUUGGAACUUUGUGUACACAAAUAGAAACUCCAUGCUCCUCAGGCAAUCACAAGUGCCAUAAUUCUUCUCAGUGUGUUCCAGUAGAUGAUGAUUAUCGAUGUGAUUGCCCAUUAGGCCAAAGUGGGAAAUAUUGUGAAAAAAAUAUCUCAGUCAGUGAUCCUUUAUUUGAUGGUGUGAGUUCAUUUCUUUCUACUCAAAUGGUGAAUGUACGACACAGUAUGGAUGUUGUCAUUAGCUUCAAGCCUUUAUCGGACGAAGGACUACUUUUCUAUGCUGCUCAGCAUCUUAAUGAACUGAGUCGAGAUUUUAUAUCUUUAUCCAUUACAUCCAGCUACAUCCAACUACGAUUUAAUUUGGGAACAGAUCCAUCAUCCACUGUUGUCUUACAAUCAUAUCAACAGAUUGAUAAAAAUAUUUGGCAAACUGUUGAAUUUGGUAGAUACAGAAGGGCUGCUUAUUUGAAAUUAGAAAAAGAUGAAGAAGUUACUUCAAUUUCACCCCCUGGUAUGGAAAUAUUGGAUGUUAACACUGAUUUCUUCAUAGGAGGUGUUCCUGAUCUUUCAUCAUUACCAAAAGAAGCUGUUGAAACUGUGCCUACUUACUUUAAAGGUUGUGUAAGACAUCUGUCCAUAAAUUCGAAAAAUGUGGCAUUAAAUAUUAAUGGAACCAUUAAUGGGAGAAAUAUUGAAGAUUGUGAUGGAACAUCUUGUGGUUAUGAUAGUUGCAAAAAUAAUGGCCUAUGUAUUCCCAAAGAUGACGGAUUUUUCUGUCAGUGUUCUGAAUCUUAUCGCGGUCAAAUGUGUGAGGUUCAUGCCCAAUGUUGGCACCACAACUGUAUUCAUGGAUCAUCAUGUAUUCCAAAUGCAGAUGGUGGUCAUCAGUGUUUAUGUGCCAUUGGUUGGCAAGGAGAUCAAUGUGAAAGAGGAGUUAACGUCUCGAGUGCAUAUUUUAUGGGUGCAAGUUAUUUAUUGUACCAAGACAUCUCAUACAGACAUUUGGAUUUAACUAAAACAUCCAUUUCAUUUGCCUUUUCUUCAAAAGAAAAAUCUGGUUUAUUAUUAUGGAAUGGAAAGAUUUAUUCUGAAGAUGGGGAUUAUCUGGGUAUUGGUUUAAGUAAUAAUCAUUUACAUCUUGUUUGGAACAUAGGAUGGUUAUCUCGAAGUGAAAUUAUGACUGACAGAAUUCCAUCUGAAACAGGAUCUUGGCAUCAUGUGAGCAUUGAAAGGGAUAAUAAAAUUUUAAAGCUCUUUAUUGACGGAGAAAAAUAUACAAGUGUGGUCUCUGGUGAUUUUUAUGAACUGAACACUGAUGGCGUGUAUUAUUUUGGUGGUUUUCCCUAUGGAUUAGAUAUAGAGGAAGAGACUUUAGGGUACUUCAGUGAUUCCUUUGUCGGGUGCAUCAAAGAUUUGUCUAUAUCUGGGAGAAAUAUCAACAUAAUGGACCUAAAAGAGGGAAAAAACCUUGAGCCUUGUUCUAUUAGCUAAUAAACAUAUUAGGUUUUUAAUGAUUUAAAAAAGUGUAUUGAUCCAGCAUUAAAAAUCAAAAUUUUAAAAAAUCUAAAUGAGAUUUAUUUUAUCAUCCUUAAGAAACUGAUAAUUUUUAUGCAUUCUCUAAAAAAUAUGUCACUAUCAAUAUCAGUUAGUAUUUCAAAUGUCAUAGGAUAGAUUUAUGUAAUUUCUGUUUUAGGUUACUUGUCCUUGUUAGAAAAAAAUAUUUAAAAAUGUCUUUUUUUCAAAAGAAAAAAAAUCAGUUUUCACCACAAUUAAAAUAAUAAAUCUCACUCAUAAUAAUCAAACCAUACUGUGCCUAAGUGUUUUGUGCUAUCGGAUUUUUAACUAUUUAAAACUAUUCCGUCCAUUUUGCAUAUGUGUGUUCUAUGCUUUAACCAAUUUAUAUAACCUUUUAAACAAUAUUUAUCAUUAAAAUAUAUUAAUACUUAUUCAGAAUUUCUUAGAAAAUAAUUUUUUAAACCAAUAUUGUUUUACUCUUCUGCUGCCAACAUUCAAUCAAAAUAUUUGGAAAAUUAAGUCCAUUCACAUAACAUUAUUCUUUAUAAAUCAAUGAAUUUUAUUCUUUUUGAUAUUCUUGUUUGUAACCUUAUCUAAUUUUUUUUCAUACAUAGUAUUGGAAACAAUACUUUGAAUCUUAAGAAAUCUUUAAACAUAAUACAAUUUUGUAUGCUGAUGUUAAGAAUGGUUAUAUUUAUUACAGUAGUUUACGCUUGUGUUGUUAUUUUUUAUAAAGCAUUUUAUAUUGUGAACAAUUUAAAAUAUAUCAAUGCUAGCUACUGACUUUGGCAAUACUUCUCUGAGUACUAUACACUCAUGUAUUGAAUUAGUUUUAAGAUUUAAUUACUGCCAGAAGCCAACUGUUUUCUGGCAGCAUUUUUCUCAUAUACCGAAAAAUGCCUUUCAAAUGUAUGAUUUAUAUUCAUUUCUUAGAUCAGCGGUACCCAAUUAUUUUGGCUAAAUAAUCAACCUUCUCUUGGCAGAACCCCCCAACUUUAUAAAUAAAGUUUAAGGUAAUUGUGAACGUUAUAACCUAUAAAAGACUAUAUUUAAAACUUUCAAUUAAAAGAAUGAAGAUUUUUCAUCGUUUUAUAGUUAAUAAUCUUAAAUUAGGUUUUAUGUCCAACAAUUAAAUUUACAGUUUUUGUGUUAUAUCUAGUUUAGUUAUGAAUUUGCAUCUGGUGUAUAUACAUAAGUUGAAAAUGAUUAAAAUAAAUUGAAUUAUUGUUUAUUUCGAUAUGAUAACUUAAAAGAACUGCUAUAAAUAUUUAAAAAUGGUCAUUAUGGAAACGUAUUUUUUUAAAAAAGAAUUCAGUUAUUUUGAUUUGAAAAGAGCUAUGGGAAAUUCUAAUAGAAUAUUUUAUAAAUGCUUAUUUUUUUCAUAAUUUGUUCAAUGUAUUGUUGUUAGAAAUAUUAUAUUUUCUUUCAAAAAAUACCAUUUCUAUUUCAUUGGCAUUUUACUUGAAAUAAUUUCAUCAAGGCUAUCAUAAGGUUAAAUAAAUUGUUAAUUAUAAACGGGAUCAUAUAAUCAUUAUUUCAUAACUCAUCUCCACUGAACACCAUUUGGGUACCGCUGCCUUAAAUAAUCUUUCAUUCAAACAUGUGUAAAAAUAAUUCAAGUUUGCAUUUUGCAGAAAAUGAGACCCUUAAAUCUGUCCCGCAUUAUAGGAUUAGACCUUUCUAACUCCUAACUCGCGGAACCCCUUUAACCCUUCCAUGGAGCUCUAGAGUGCCACGGAACACCAUUUCGGUACCGCUUCCUUAGAUUAUCUUUCAUUCAAACAUUUGUAAUAAAAUAAUUAAAGUUUGCAUUUUGCAUAAAAUGGGAGUCACCAUUAUAGGAUUGGACCUUUCUAGCAUCUAAUAGUGAAGGCCAUUUCUUGGUUCAAACAAUAUUUACACUUUAAUUUUUAGAAAUUGUUAGUGUGAGUUUCUGCUAAAUGUGUACAGUUAAAGAAAGAUGCUAAUUUUUGGACUGGUAGGAAGGAGAAAAAGAUUUUUACUUUGCUAUUUUAACGUUAGUUUGUAAAAUCUAUAUGUCUUAUUUGAUAAUAAAAAAAAAUACUCACUAUUUCUAAUAGCUCUUUAUAGUCUUUUUGACAUAAUUUACAGCUGUACUUUACUCUGGCAAAACAUAAAGAGUACAUCAGUUUAAUUUUUGAAAUAUAAAUUUUUUUAAUAAUGUCUAAUAACAAUAUAAUAUUUUUAUUCAAUAGAAAACAAGUUGUUCUUGCAAUUUCUUCAAAUAUGACAAAAUUUUCAGAAAGUCGCAAUUGAAAAAUGUUCAGAAAAUAUAAUUAAUUAUCAAGAUUCUCACAUUAGUAAUACUUUAGCAAGUAAUCGAAAUCUAUUUAUUCUAUCUUUGUUCUCAUCUUGGAAGUACAAUUGAUUCAAAAGUUCUGAUUGAAUCAAUUAUACUUAAAAAUUUAGGAUCUCCAUGAUUGAGCAAUUAUCUAUAGAUAAAAACUAGCAUACAUAUAUUUAGGGUACAUAUUUGUGCAUUUAUAUCAAUAGUUUUUUUUUUUUCUUGUGUUUAAGUACUUUUGUAUUUGUGAAAUAAAUUAUUUCAUUAUUGUU